AUGAAAUACAAACGUCCAUGACAUCCUAUUUAGUUUGAAACUGCGAGGAUACUCGAAUAUGUCCAGACUUAGUACAGCCUGGUACACCCCUUACUAUAUGUCCCCCGUCGUCGCAUCUGAGAACUUCUUCUUCUGAGCCAAUCAUCAGGACGCAGCUGUGUAUGGCAUUUAACCCACUGUCGCACAGUGAACGGACGAGCGCGAGGAGGAGGGACCGCCGGUUAAUAACCCAACUGCACUGCAUCUGUCAUCCUCAUGGUCUCCCGACGUGUCCGGCAGCAUGUAGACGGGCUCCUCUAGUGCCACUGCGGAGAGAGAAAUGGCAUUAGAAAAAUAUUCUCUAAUUUUGACACUAUCUACGGAUGCAGAGUAACCUGAUGUUCCACGGCUGUAUUUGGGAGUCUUGGUUAAUUGUGUUCAGUCUAUCGGUGCACGCGCUACACGCUGCGCACUUUGGCGGUGGUGACAGUCAAACUAUGUUAUCUGUUUUCUCAACCAGUGUAAUCUAAGGAAUUAAUCGUUAUACAGGACUAUACACCAGCAACACGUACCCAGAACCGUGGAGCGUGACUCCCGCUGGAUGUAACGUUGAGCGGAGUGACGCGGGUCGUGUGCGGGCGAAUAGAGCCGUGGCGGAGCAAACGCACGAAGUCCAAAUUCCAUCUCGCUUUCCGUGCCUCUUCUCGCACCAUAACGGAGAUGUUGUUCCUCGGAAUACUGCUCAGCAUCUUCAUACAAGAUGUGGUCACCUCCUUGCCGCCCCUCCCCCCGGGCAUUAUGGACUGUGUGGAGGCAGAGAGUGGGUGUGAAGCAGAUCCCCAGUGCAAGGAGCUGUACAGCACCUUGCGGAACUGUGUGUCUGAGGAGGAGGUGGCUCCGCAGGGGAGCAAGGCCAGGAUAGGGUGCCUGGAGGCCCUGAGCGCCCUGCACUACCCCCCCCUGUUGGCCUGCAAGUGUCAGCGCGGCGCACGCAGAGAGGAGCACUGCCUCCGAGUCUACUGGAGUGUCAGGAUCCUGCAGAGUUAUGAGGACUUGGAGGCGUCUCCCUAUGAUGACUCGCCAGUGGAAAUGUCUCACAUGGCCUCCAUAGUGGCCGCAGCCUCCUCUCUUCCUCUAGAUGGACAGAACGCGUGUCUGAAGGCAGCCCAGGACUGUGGUCUGUAUGAGAAAUGCGGGUCCUUGAGGUCUGAGUACGUCCUGGCCUGCACUAAGCGCGCCCCAGGCUCGGAACACUGCAACAGGCAGAAGUGCCACCGGGCGCUGCGGCGCUUCCUGGAGCGUGUCCCAGGGGAGUACAGCCUGGGUUUGUUGUUCUGCCCCUGUACUGACAAACUGUGUGGGGAGAGACGCAGGAAGACCAUCGUCCCUUCCUGUUCCUACCAGGAGAGAGACGGGGAACAGCCCAACUGUCUGCAUCUGCAGAGCUCCUGCACGAGGGACCAACUCUGCAGGUCCAGACUGGCUGAUUUCCAGCAUAACUGCCAGUCCUCCGGCCACUCCCCCUCGGGCUGUUUCAGAGAUAGUGGAACAGUGUGCCUCAAAUCCUACGCCGGACUCAUCGGCACCAUCAUGACCCCCAACUACCUUAGCAACAGCACUAUGGACGUGGCCCUGUGGUGCAAUUGUGAGGGCAGUGGCAACCAAUGGAAGAACUGCCUGAAGAUCCAGAACAUGUUCACCAAUAACGUCUGUCUGGAGAACUCCAUAAGUACCAUGGGUAGCUCCCCUCCUCGGCCAGUGGAGAGCAUUCUUCCCCCUUCCCCUCGCCCCUCCCCCCUGGACCAGCAGAACAAACUCAGCAACAACGCCCAGGAUGAGCUCAGCAACAAUGCUGUGGAGCAGAGUGAGGAAGAGGAGGAAGAGGAGGAGGGGGGUCAGUUUGAUGUGAUCCCUCUCUAUGCUGAGAAGGCCACUGUGUCCAAUCUGGGUUCUGGGGGUGGGGGGGUGUCCCCCCGUCUGUCCUCAGCCCCCCCUCCCUCCCUGCUGCUGCUCCUUCUGCUACUGUCUGCCUCUCUGAGCUGGGGGUAGCUGGCCCAAUGGGCUGAUGGGUAUUCAGGAGGGGAGAGGACGCACGCUGGGACUGCAAAUGAGACACGCAUUCAUGAGCAGGCAGAACUGAACUGCCUGACUACUCUGCGCAGCAACAAUAUGAUGAUGAAAGGCUUUUUUCCCCCCUCCCUCGCUCUCUCGCUCUCCUGAACGCUGCAACGCUGAGUGGACCGAUCUCUCUUCCUAGUCAGGCUGCGAGACUUUCCCGCCACUAUCUUUUAUGUGCCGAUUGGACAAUGGAACGACCAUUCAGGAUCACUGAACUGUUCUGCUGGUGUUCAAGAAUACGAAAACAAAUUGUGAUGCUAAUACACUGAUUCUCUUCACCCUGCUCCCUUUAAGCAUGUCUGUGUACCACAGGAGAGGGCCAGCUUUCUCCCCCCUACCCAUCAGAACAGGUUCUGUUCUGACUCCUCCUCUACACACCCUGCACAGUGUCUGGAUCAGGUUGUGUUAUGUGCUUUUCCUCUCUCUGCAGUUCAGACACACACCUCCACUGUGUACAUGAAUAUAAUAAAAAAUAU